AUGGCGUCUAUCCUGCGAACUCUAAGGAGUAACCUCCAGCGAACGCGACUGUCUUUCAGAGACCGCUCUACUGUUGCGCAUAUCGCCAGAGAAAGCCCAAUCGAGGAAGAAACGUUACCACAUUACAAAGCAUCGCAUUUCUAUCCGGUAAAGAUCGGUGAUGUGUAUCACACCAGAUACGAAGUCGUAGGGAAGCUUGGGUAUGGGGCAUAUUCAACCAGCUGGCUCUGCCGGGAUCUCCAGUGCGCCACCCCAGUUCAAUCGAUUCUAAGAAGAGCUUUGACAAGUCGUGAGUUAAGAGCACAGAAAUACGCGGCAAUGAAGGUGUCAGCCUCUUUGCCAGACUAUCCAACUGCGACGGAUCGCGAAUUCAAAGUCUAUAAACACCUAGCAACAGUUGACUCUUCUCAUCUGGGCCAGUCCUUAAUCCGCGAGCUCUAUGAUUCAUUCGACCUCCAGGGUCCUGGAGGCAGCACGCAUCGUUGCCUUGUAUUGCAGCCGAUGACUAUGACACUCCUCGAGAUGAUGAGAAUGAACCCGCGGCCGUUCGACCUGCCUCUGCUGAAAAUGACCGUCAAGCGGCUUUUACUGGCGCUUGAUUUCUUACACGCGAAAGCCGGGGUGAUUCAUACCGGACUGAUUCCGCAAGAUCUAAAGACCGAUAAUUUGAUGCUCAGCCUAGAUGAUACCUCCAUGCUAGCGGAUUUUGCAACCGCGGAGUCUGAAAAUCCCAGUCCUCGGAAGGUGAUUGAUAAGUCACGUAUUAUUUAUUGCAGCCGAAGGUUUCGAAGACCUACGGGACGCAGGAACUACGGCCUUCCUGUUCUAUGUGACUUUGGUGAGGCAAGGAUAGGCAAAACGCAGGAGUCGGGGCCUUUCGUCCAACCGCACAUAUACCGAGCGCCGGAAGUCAUCUUCGAAAUGCCCUGGGGAAGCGCUAUCGAUAUCUGGAACCUUGCCGGCCUUAUCUGGGAUCUGUUUGAAGGACAGCAUCUAUUUGGAGAUAUAUUCGACUCCAGAGGUGGCCAUGACCCGUUCAGGCAUCUAGCGCUUAUGGUAGCCUUGAUUGGGCCCCCGUCUACUGAAUUCGUGCGGCGUAGCGAGACGACGGUGCAGUGUUUUGACUUGAACGGUGACUGGAUUGCUCAUCAAGGAGCGCCUGUUCCCUCUGUUUCGCUUGAAAGCCUAGAAACACGGCUUACUGGCGAGGAGAAAGGGCAAUUUCUGGCAUUCAUUAAAUCGAUGUUGAAAUGGAUGCCAGAGGAGCGCAAGACAGCCAAACAGCUGCUUGAACAUCCGUUCUUGCUCUAG